AUGUCAUAUCACAGGGAGGGACCUUCCAUUAACCCUUUUAUAAUCUCUCUCUCUCUCUCUCUCUCCUCUUCUAUUUCUCUCUCUGACUCUCUCUGGUUGCUCUUGGCCAUGGCGGUGAAUAGUCAAGCUUUCUUGUUGGCAUUAAUUUCAUUACUUGGAACCCAACUGCCUUCACUAAUGGCAGCAGAUUGUCCAUUGGACUUUAGUUUAUCAAAUUUCACUCUAGUAGCUUCUGUGUGCUCCAACAUAACCAACCGAGGCAAAUGCUGCCGCUACAUGAACGCUUUCGUUGCCGUAUCCGUGGCUCGUUACGCUAACUUGUCAACUAAUCUUGGAGUCUCAUCAGAUUUAUCUGAGACCUGCAUUGGUUCCAUCUCUAAAACCAUGGAGCUCUAUGGAGUCUCGAGAAACGCGACCAGUUUCUGCGGUUUGGGAACCAAGAUCCUUGUUAAGUACAACUGCGACGGUCGAACCAGUGUUACACAAAUGCAUCAGUCUCCAAAAUUCGGACAUGUUACAAGAAACUGCAGACUCCCACUUUCGCCGGCGAACCAAUGCAGGAGAUGUUUGAAUUCUGGUAUCACUUACCUUCGUGAUCUCAUAGGUGCAGAGACUAAGAACGUUACGUUGAGUACUUGUCGUGAUGCGACUUAUGCUGCAUUAGCAAGCCGAAUUGACGAUGCAUCGGCUCUUGAACUCCUUAGUUGUUUCUAUCAAGUGACAGAGCUUAGCAUCCCUUCAGAAUCAUUUCCACCAUUGGCUAGUCCAAAACCGUCUCCAAGUAUAGUUGGUGUUAUUAGCCCAAGCAACAGUGAUCAUUCUCUAUUGACUCCAAGUCAAAGCAACAAUCCUUAUCACUUAACGAUGGUUCCAACCAUUGGGAUUGUUGUUACAGCUGUUGCUCUUACGUUGCUCGUAGUCCUGGUACUUCUUAUCCGUAGAAAAAACCAGGAACUCGAUGAUUCCGAGAGUUUGGAUAGAAAAUCAACAAAAACAAUUCCUUCUCCCAGGCCUGUAUUCAAGAUUCAUGAAGAUGAUUCUUCACCUUUCCGAAAAUUCAGCUACAAGGAAAUGAGAAAUGCAACCAAUGAUUUCAACAAGGUGAUUGGUCAUGGAGGUUUUGGGACUGUUUACAAAGCCGAGUUCAGCGAUGGACUGGUUGCAGCUGUUAAGAGAAUGAACAAAGUCUCUGUACAAUCUCAAAAUGAUUUUUGCAGAGAGAUAGAGCUUUUAGCUAAGCUACAUCACCGUAACCUCGUUGCUCUAAAAGGCUUUUGCAUCGAAAAGAAAGAAAGGUUCCUCAUCUAUGAUUAUAUGGCAAAUGGGAGCUUAAAAGAUCAUCAACAUUCUACAGAAAAGCCUCCACUUAGUUGGGAAACAAGAAUGAAAAUCGCGAUCGAUGUGGCUAAUGCUUUGGAAUAUCUUCAUUUCUACUGUGAUCCACCUCUCUGCCACAGAGACAUAAAAUCAAGCAAUAUAUUACUCGAUGAGAACUUCGUCGCAAAACUUUCAGAUUUUGGCCUUGCACAUUCGUCUAGAGAUGGCUCUGUUUGCUUUGAGCCUGUGAAUACCGAAAUCCAUGGAACUCCAGGUUAUGUAGAUCCGGAGUAUGUAGUAACGCAGGAGUUGACGGAGAAGAGUGAUGUGUACAGCUACGGAGUUGUGUUGCUGGAGAUCAUAACCGGGAGAAGAGCGGUCGAUGAAGGUAGGAAUCUUGUUGAAACUUCUCAGCGGUUUCUUGCGACGAAAUCAAGACACCUGGAUUUGGUAGACCCGAGGAUCAAAGACUCCAUUGACGAUGAUGAUGGAGCAAAACAGCUUGAAGCGGUUGUGACGGUUGUGAGAUUGUGUACUGAGAAAGAAGGCCGGUCUAGGCCAUCGAUCAAACAAGUCUUGAGGCUCUUGUGUGAAAGCUGUGAUCAAUUGCAUAGAGGAUUUGCUAAAGCGGUUGAGGAAGAGAUAGGUCAGGAUAGUAGGAAGAGAACCGUUUUGGGAUUUCAAAAAAGCAGUAACAGGAUCUUUGGUUCAUCGUCUAGUACAACUUCCAGGUCAUUUUGCAGGAGUUUACCUCACUCUCCAAUAAAUGGAUUCUCUUUCUGAGUUUGUUACUUCUUCUCUAUAGUUGGAUCUGAAAGUCUACAUACUAUAAAUUAUGAAUUCAUAUUGAAAGCUAUCAUA